AUGAACAAAUAUUAUAUAGAUAGUGGAGAAAAACAAUUCUAAUAAUCAAAUAAAGAAGUCUUGAAAACAUUAGACAUAACUAAUAGGUCAGAGGCAUCUUUAAAAACCUCAGUGGUUUCAUUUGCAUGCGAUCGAGAUAAUAAAUAUGAGAUUGAAGAUUAUAGGACUUAACUUGAAGAAUAAUUAGCUGAAAAUAUUGAAUUGAAAAGAAUGUUAAUGGAUGAGAUUGAAAAAAAUAAAAGGUUAUCAGAUAUCGAUAAAUCGUCUCAAUUUUUAGAUUAAUAAGAUAAGUUUGCAUAAAUACUUAAUAAAAAGGAUAAUGAAAUCAUGAAUUUAAACAAAUUACUUAGACAAUUAGAAAUUGAAGUAUUUAAUUAUUAUAUUUGUAAAGAAUAAACUAUUACAUAAAGAUGAUUAAUUGGAAUCUUCAAGAAGAAUGGAAAAAGAAAAAUAAUUAGAAAAAAGAAUAACAGAAUAUGAAUAAAAAAUAAAUUUAGUCUUAGUUGAAAAUUCAAAAUUGAAUUAAGUAUUUAUAUCACCAUCAAUAGAUUUUAUAAGAAAGAAUUACUCAAAUAGAAAAGAUGAAAUAUUAAGUAGAUUAAUUAGAAAAAGAAAAAGUAUAAAUAGCUGAGAAAUAUGAGAUACUGAUUGCAGAAGCAAAUAAUUUAUCAUCUAGAGAAAAAUGUACUAUAGAGAAAUGUCUAAAUGCAUAGAAGUAUUUUAAUAAUAUUAAACAAUUAGAAAUGAAUUCUAGAAAUAGUUGAACAUUAUGAAUACUUAAAAUAAUUAAAUGACUAAUAUACUUAAUUAAUAGAAGAAUUAGAUUGAAUAAUUGGAACAGUAAAUAGAAGAGAAUUAAGGAUAAUUGGAUAAAAUAAAAAAAGAUUAUGACGAGGAAAUUUAAUUAAAAGAGAAGUUGAUUACACAAAGGGAAAAAGAGAAUUAAGAUUUAAUGGUUAAGUUUAAUGAAUUAGAAAAGAAAUUAGUUUAAUAAAAUUAAUAAAUAACUUUAUUAGAGUAAUAAUUAUAAACAAACAAUGAAUAAAUUGUAAUAGAGGAAAUGUAGAAAUAUUUUGAAGAAUAGUUAGAUUUUAAGGAAAAAGAAUUUGAAGUAAAACACUAGAAAGAAAUUCAAAAUUUAAUGAAUUAAUUGAAUGAGAAUCAAAAUUUUAUUGAAGAAUUAUAAAGUCAUUUAACUGAAAUACAUAAGUAAAUCACAAAAUUUAAAUCAGAGAAAUAAAGUUUAAGAUAAUAAAAUUAAGAAUUACAAUAAUAAGUGAAAUAAUUAUCAUCAGAAAUUUAAUAAAAAUAAGAGAUUAGAUAUUCUUAAGAUUAUAUGUUACCUUAAUUCAAUAUAUCCUGUUAAAGUGCACUUACUGAUCAAUCCUUAUGUGAAGAUAAGUAAAGAUUAAGCAAGUAAAGUCGAUCAUUAAAUAAAAGCAAAGAUACUAUAUAAUAGAAUAAAGAAAAUCAAGAAAAGAAAGAUGCUAAAUCUAAUUAAUGUAUAAAUUAAUUAAAAUAAUAAUCUCAAUAAAAUACAUCAUAUAAAGCAUAAUUCUAAUAAAAAGUUAAGAAAAUCAAUCCUCCAAAUAAGGAUAUAUAUGCACUAGAUACAUUUGGAAAUAGAGAUAGAUCAAUUUCAUGUUUAGAUAUAAUUAAUAAGGGAAUCAAAUUUAGAGAAUCUUCUGAUGAAGAGGAUCAAUCACCCAUAACAUAGUUUAAAUAAUGGAAAUAAUAGAUGACAGUUCGUUAAUGA